AUGAAUUCAACCUCAUAACAGUCAAACACAUUGCCUAAUUAAAUGAGAUAACACUCUAAGUCAUUUUCUGCUGCUACCACCUAAAAACUCAGUUAGUAAUAAAAAAAAGUUGAAAGAUCUUAUGAGGAGAUCACAGCAGAAAAAUAACUAUCAAAUGUAGAAUAGCAGAGACUAUAUUCUGUUUUCAAUUACUUGAUGACUUUUAGUAAUGAAAAGAUCAAACCACUUGAACCAGGAAUAACUGCAGAGAUCUUAAUGGAUGCACUUGAAAAAGUAGAUUACCUAUUACCAAUAAAAGAAGCAGAAUUAUUCAUAUGGGAAUUAGAUGAUGAUGGAGACAAGAGAAUUAAUUAUUACGAAUUUCAAAUGAUGUAUAAAAGAUGCAUCUUUGAUCCCACUUUGUUGGAACCAAGAAAUCUAUUCAAUAUUGUUUAGUUCUUUAUGUAUGAUAAGGCUAAGCAUGGCAAGAUAACAGUAGAAGAUACAUUAGAACUAUUGUUUGUCCGCCACGGAAGAGGAGGAUUAGAUGAGGAGAUCUAAACCAUAUUUGGCAGGGAAGAGAAAAACAGUGAUGGAACUGAAAAAACAUUAAGUUUUACUGAUUAUUAUGAGAAAACUAGAAUUAGAGAUUUCUAAAGAAGGAAAGAGGCUGAAUAAACAAGAAAAGAAGUUAAGCUUCCACCACUUGAAGAUAAAAAAUGA